AUGGCCGCUGCAGCUGCUAAGAAGACCGGAGGCAAGAAGAAGGCCGGCAAGACCUCUGCCUACAACGAGUACAUGAAGGUCCAGCUCGCCAAGCUCAAGGCUGAGGCUGAGAAGGCUGGCAAGAAGCCCGACCACAAGGAGAACUUCAAGAAAGUCGCCGAGCUCUGGAAGGAUGCGUACGUAUUGGUGCCGGUCGUGAUGCUCUGA